ACUGCGCAUGCGUAUACUAGCGUGGCGACUGCACCGGUGGGGGGAAGUUGUGCGAACAUGAACGUAGUAAAGUUGUAACGGCAGAAAUGGGCUGUUAACCGGGGCAGAUUGACGUCAGCGGCUCCGAGCAGAGAGAGAAGCACACGGACACGGCGGUAGAGCCAUGACAGCUAACGAGGACCAGGAGAUGGAGUUGGAGGCCCUUCGCUCCAUCUAUGAGGGGGAUGAGAGCUUCAAGGAAAUCAGCCCAGUGUCCUUCCAGUUUCGGAUAGGAGACGUGGAGGACACCAAAGCGUUCAUCCUGGACAUCACGUGGCCAGAGACGUACCCAGAAACAACCCCACAAAUCUCCCUCGGCGGCUAUUUCAACAAAAAGAUCUCUCCAGAGACAAAGCAGCAGAUCCUGUCGAAGCUGGAUGAGCAGGUCGAGCUGAAUCUUGGGACCGCCAUGAUGUACACCCUGUUUGAGUGGGCCAAGGAAAACCAGGAGGCCCUCAUGGAGAACCAUAAACCUGUGGUGACCACCGUUACGAUGCCCAGCAGUGAGAUCAACACCAGCUCGACAGGCAAGAAGAGGGAGAAGAAGGAGCAGCUGACCAAAUCUCAGAAGAGAAGAAUCGUCAGCAGAACAGAUCACAAGGGAGAACUGCCAAGAGGCUGGAACUGGUUCGAUGUUAUCAAAGUAGGUGCAUCUUACCUUUUCUCCACUAGAUGAUGCUCAUACUCAACUUUUAAAACAAAAUAAGUGACUCAUGAUGUUUUGUCUUUUCUCCCUGUUCAUUACAACAACCUUCCACCAGCAUUUGAGUAGAACGGGAGGAAAAGAUGACGACCAGGUGUGAGUGCAGUGAUCUGGUGGCGCUUCACACGAGACGCUGCAGUGACGUGAGCAGGGACAUCACUGCAGCCUGUUGCUUUCUGCUGUCCGGAAGCCUUCACAUCCAAGCUCACCAACAGGUUACACUCACAAUGGAUAGCUCCAUCCUGACGACCACAGCAGGCUGGACGAUGGUGGACACACACACAUACACAUUUAUUCACUAAACUGAGACUUUGUGGUGGGAUUCAUCAGAAGACCUCGCCGUGUUUUUCUGUGUUUGUGUAAAGCAGUGACGUGAAGAGGAACGUGCCGAUUUCUGUUCAUUUUAGCCACCAGAUGUUCCGCUCCAUCAAGGUGGAGUGUUCUUGAGCUACUUGCUGUCACUGCCAUGUUUUCAUUCACCGAGGUUAGGCCCAGCUGUCAGGCUCUGAGCUGCAAGUGUCACCUGCUCUUCAUCUGACGUACAAUGUGAGUUUGUGAAAGCAGAGAGAUUUUUUAGAACUCGCAAAAUGUUACUCCUGUUACCAUUUCUUAUUUUGGUAAAUGUUUCAUUUCCCCUAUGAAUUGAAAACCCUUAAAUUUUUUUAUGUAUAAAUAAACUUGUCAUGGUCUGCU